GAAAGUCCUCAGAACUUUAAAAAGGUUGUCAGACACGUUUACUUUAUUGUAACAACGUACUGUGCGAGGGACUGUGUGCUAACUCAACAGCUCAAGUGAGAAGACCACACCACAUUAUUUUCUGAGCAGUUGUGCUUUUGUUCAAUGAGUGAAAGAGAUAUUUUUCAGGGCCAGAAUCUACUUCUUCAGUUUGUCAGCUUCCCUUUACAAGUUAAAAGAAGAUGAUGGCAGCACACGGAGAGCCCUGUGAGGCAUGGGAGCAAUCCUAUUGCUACAAUGGAGGCAGGUGCUACAGGAUCCCUUCUAUGUCCACCCUUUCCUGUGUGUGCACUGAGAACUACAGAGGAGCCAGGUGUGAGGAGUUCCAGCUCCUCAGCAAGGCAAAUUCCAGGAACGAGGCGGGACUGAUUGCCGGUGCUGUCAUUCUGCCAAUUCUUAUUGCUCUUGUACUAGCUGGAGUGAUCUACUAUAUCUGCAGAAUCUGGAGGCAGAAGAAAAGAAACCAACAGAACAGCAAGCAGCAGUAUCACCACGACUAUCCCCGAAGCAAUGGAAUAUGAUAAGCACUACUUUUAUAUGAAAAGCAAGGAGAAUUUUACAUUCACUUAAAACAUAAAAUGAAAGACUGACGCACCCCAAACAUGCUGUAGAGAUCUAUUGUACAUAGAAGUGUGUCGUUUGGGCUUUGGUCUUUGGGCUUUUCUUAAAUUUAAUUAAUUUUUUUUUUAUUUAAUGUAUAUUUAGUAUGAUGCUAAAGUUUGCAUUAUGAAUAGUUUAUGAUUUUAAAAUCCAUUUGAAAUGUGUUUUUAAUACAUAUUAUUGUGUCCUUUUCAGGGAAAUUCCUGUAAAGUGGUUUUCAAACAUAGGGUUUUUACCAAGUGAUCUAAACCACAAAUGUAUUUAGUGUAGGUAACAAAUCGCACUCAAAUACAUACACUUUAAUCAACAAACAGGACCCAGGUUAUAGAGCCACUUGG